AUGUCGGCUAUUGGAUCCUUGAUUUUCUGCACGGAUUGCGGCAACCUGCUGCGCGAGUCUACCGGAGACGAAAAUGCCAUCCUGCACUGCAAUGUUUGCGGAGCGCGGAACAAGGACAUCAUUCCGCAAACUAUCGUCUCCGAAUCCAAGCCCUCGGCCUUUCCCUCCUCCUUGAGAUCCAAGCGCUCUGCGGUCCAGACUUUGUCUGCCGAAGAUCGCAAGACCGAGGCUGUCACGAAUCACACCUGCAACAAGUGUGGAAGAAAGGAGAUGUUCUUCACAACUGUCCAGCUACGCAGUGCUGAUGAGGGUAGUACUGUGUUCUAUCGCUGUGUCUGCGGUUACAAGGAAACAUCGAACAACUGA